GAAACUUGGAUUCGCAACAUCAAAAGUUAUACCCAAAGGUCUUUCUAGGAGAGUAUUUAUAUGGGUCUGUUUAGUAUUUUGUCCUCAUGGUGGUGAACAUACAAAAAUAUUAAAAUGUCAGUUUGAUAUAUGUGAUGAUAUGGUUGUUUUCACCAAAUUUCAUCAAAAAAAUGAUCAAGGUGGUCUUGAAUCACUAAAUAUCCCAUGUCCAUGUGAUAAAGAACAUCAAGGAGCUUAUGAUGACAUUGUAUCUUGUUGA